GAAGAGAGAACACGCCAGGGCUGCCGGAGGAGGUGGGAAGAGGCGUCGCGGAGGCAGUGCCGCGCGCGGCAACCCAACCCGGCUCAACUCCGGCGAGGGCGCAACCGCGCACGUCCCCCUCUUCCCCCAGCUAUUUGAAGUGCCACGACCAGGAAUCGGAAUCCGGAUCGAGCAUCACGCGCGAGGGGGGUUUCGAAACUGCGGAAUGCCGCCACCGGCCGCGAUGCUGCUGCUCAGCCCGUCACCGGGUGUUCCCUCGCUGUCGCUGGCCCUGGCCCCGAGGCGGGCGCCGCUGCGGGCCGCGAGGCAGCGGAGGCUGGCGCUUCGGCCGGUGAGGAUCCGCGCCGCCGCGGCGAUCGGGGGCGAGUUCGGCGGCCUGGGCCGGCGCCGCGUGGUCGUGGGGGAGUUCAUCGAGCGCCUGCGGAACGUGCUUCCGGGGGGCAGCUGGUGGCGCCUCGAGGACGGCGACGAGGCCGGGGACGGGGGCGGACGCGCCGAGGGGAGCGGGACCACCGCGCUCUCCGCGCUCAGGCGGAUGUGGGGGCUCGUUGCCGCCGACCGCUGGGUCAUCUACGCCGGCUUCGCGUCCCUCGUCGGCGCUGCGCUUGCGGAGAUCGCUAUACCCCAUCUCCUCGCGGCGUCCAUUUUCUCUGCGCAGAAUGGAGGGGCCGUGUUCUACAGAAAUGCCAAGCUUCUAGUUGUCCUAUGUCUGGUUUCCGGAGUGUUUAGUGGUGUACGAAGCUGCUGUUUUGGUGUUGCAAACAUGAUAUUGGUCAAACGGAUGAGAGAAAUGCUUUUUGAUUCUAUUCUUUCUCAGGAUAUUUCCUUUUUUGAUGAGGAAACCGUCGGUGACCUAACAAGUAGGCUUGGUUCUGACUGCCAACAAGUGUCUCGUGUUAUAGGAAAUGACCUUAACCUGAUUUCCCGCAAUGUACUUCAGGGUGCAGGUGCAUUAAUUUAUCUGCUAGUCUUAUCCUGGCCUCUUGGGUUGUGUACACUGCUAAUUUGUGCAACUCUAUCAACAAUUAUGCUAGUUCAUGGACGGUUUCAGAAAAGAGCAGCAAAAUUCGCACAGGAGUUCACUGCAAGCGCCAAUAAUGUUGCUCAAGAAGUGAUAACUUUGGUUCGGACAGUGAGGGUGUACGGAACAGAAAAGCAGGAGUUUAAAAGGUAUGCAAAGUGGCUCGAUAAGCUAUAUGAUGUAAGCUUUCGGCAGACAGUGGCUUAUGGAGGCUGGAGCCUGAGCUUGAACUAUCUAUACCAUUCUACUCAGGUCAUCGGAGUGGUGAUUGGAGGACUAGCUAUCAUGUCUGGGAAGUUAACUGCUGAGCAGUUGACAAAAUUCACACUCUAUGCUGAAUGGCUAAUUUUGUCCACAUGGUGGAUUGGAGACAACUGGUCCUCCCUGAUGCAAUCUGUUGGAGCAAGUGAAAAAGUAUUCCGUUUGAUGGAUCUCCUGCCUAGCAAGCAGCUUAGCUCCAAAGGACUCAAGUUAGAGAAAUUGGAAGGGAGAAUUCAGUAUGCUGAUGUAUCAUUUUCAUAUCCAUCAAGACCUACGGUACCAAUUUUGAGAAGAUUGAAUCUGACGCUGAAUCCAAAUGAAGUAGUUGCAAUUGUUGGUCUCAGCGGAAGUGGCAAGAGUACUAUAGUCAAUUUACUGCUUCGAUUAUACGAGCCUACAAAUGGGCAAAUAUUAGUUGAUGGUGUCCCACUUACUGAACUUGAUGUCAGAUGGUUCCGAGAAAGAAUUGGUUUUGUUGGACAGGAACCACGCUUAUUCCGGAUGGAUAUUAGCUCUAAUAUUAAAUAUGGUUGCCCAAGAGAAGUCAGUCAUGAAGAAGUGGUGUGGGCUGCAAAGCAGGCCUAUGCUCACGAUUUCAUAAUGUCUCUGCCCGAUGGUUAUAACACCAUUGUUGAUGAUGCUCUUCUUAGUGGUGGUCAAAAACAACGUGUUGCUAUUGCCAGGGCCCUUCUGAGGGAGCCAGCUAUCUUACUACUUGAUGAAGCCACUAGUGCGCUCGAUGCUGAGAGUGAACAUUAUGUGAAGAGUGUCAUCACAAAAGUUAGUCGUGACUCAAGGACUAAAAGAUCUGUGGUAAUCAUAGCACACAGGCUAUCUACAAUUCAAACAGCUGAUAGAAUUAUAGUGAUGGAAAAUGGUAACAUUGUGGAGGAUGGUAAACACAGUGAACUUAUUGAGAAGAAUGGUUUAUAUUCAAGACUAGCAAGGCGACAAAAUGACAACCUCGACUCGUCCUGAAAUCACAGAAGGUGGUUUACUCCACGCCCUUUUUUUCAGUGGAUUGACAGGUAGUGAGAGUCGUCUGUCAUUGGUGUAUUCUUUACGAGGACUGACCUGGACCGGGGAGCUCGAAUAAACUUGCAUUGUUUUCCCCACGACCAAAAGCGGUUUGCUACUAAUCAAGCUAAACCAUAAUGGUUUUCCCCACAAAGAGGAGCAAGACAGUAAACAGCUAGAUCGGCAUUACGGAGAGCAGGGUAAUAAGAAUCCAGUAGUUUGUAAAGAAAUCUGUCACACUAAAUUUUCGUUGGAUCCAGCAUGUAACUAGAGGUGUAUAAUGCAUAGUAAUCUUAGUCUUAUUUUACACAUGGAGAAAAUGCUCCAAUUUUGACGAUGUUACCUCAUUUAUGAAUUUCGGGUAAUGUGACUCAACGGCUCAACGCGCAUAUGCUGCCAUUCGCUUAA